GCCCCUCCCCCUCAUGAGGUUGUAGUUGUGUGUGUCAGCUUGUAGUCCAGUCCCCCCUCGGCAGGCUAACUUAGCAUUAGCAGGCUAACUGAACCGAACCGGGGCUUCCACUUCCACAGCCGGACGAACCACCGCUGUCAUCCGCCUCUAUCACCCGAGAGGAGCAGCCCACCUUCCGGCGAGAUCAUGGCAGAUUUCUCGCUGACAGAUGCUUUAGGAGACGACACCCAAGGCCAGGCUAAGAGAAUAGGCAACACCAACCCGACUGGCCCGACUGGCCCGGCCAACCAUCCUCCUGCAAACCCAGGAUGGCCUGGUUCAGCUCCCGGAGCCCCCACCCAGCCCUCAGCUCCGACUGACUUCACCGGGGGAUCAUCAGGCCCAGGAGCUCCAGGGCAGUUCCCGUACCCGUCUGGUCCUGGAGCGCCAGGGCAAUACCCAGCACCCCCUUCAGCACCUGGAGGGUUCCCCCCUGGUCAUGGGAUGCCUGGACAAUAUCCACCUGCACCAGGAGCUCCAGGGCAGUUCCCCUCCAGCCCUGGAGCCCCCGGGCAGUUCCCUGGGCAGUUCCCUGGGCAUUACCCACCUGAAGCAGCUCCAGGACAGCUGCCUGGAGGUCCUGUUCCUUACCCAACCGGACCAUUUCCUUCUGGCCCUGGAGCUCCUCCUGGGCCUUAUCCAAACGUGCCUUACCCGGGUGGCCAGCCAGGAGGCAACGGCAUGUACGGACCAGGAGGUCCAGGUGGAUUCCCCCCUCCAGCUGGCCCUGGUGGUUUCCCGGCCUUCCCUACUGGAGGUUUCCCCCCAAUGCCCGCUGGGUCAUGGGGACCACAUGCAGGUGGAGGCUUCCCUCCUGCUCCUGGCCCCUUCGGUCCUGGCCCUGGCCCUAUGGCUCCAUAUGGUGGACCUGCUGCACCAGGAGGCAUGCUGAUGGUGCCGCAUGAUCUCCCUCUUCAUGCCGGAAUGAUGCCACGACUCUUGAUCACGAUAGUUGGGGAGCCCGUAGCUGGAGCAGACAGGUUCCAUGUUGACUUCAUUAAAGAUGAAGACGUCGUCUUUCAUUUCAAUCCUCGAUUUCAUGAGCAGAAUAUUGUCAGAAAUUCCAACCUCGAUGGAUGCUGGGGGCCUGAGGAGCGGGAUGGAGGAUUUCCAUUUGUUCAGGGACACCGCUUUGAGCUGAAGAUCCUGGUGGAGGACGACAGUUUCAAAGUGGCGGUGGACGGCACUCACCUGCUGGAGUACGAGCACAGAGUCGGCGGACUGGAGGAAGUGACUCUGGUGCGCGUCGUCGGAGACGUCCACCUCUACAGUGCAGCCCCGAGCAUGAUCUGAGUCUCAGAGGCAACCACGAGCUGUACAAGAGACAUACGUCAAACUUUACCACUGAAUUUCUGCAUCUAACAGCCCUUCAAAUGAUUUGAUGCAUUUGUUGGGAUUUAAAAGGCACAAUCGUCAGCGCAGUGCAAUCUUUGCCCUCCUGGCUCUUCAUCAUGUGUUUCAAAACAGAGGAACACAGGUCUGCACACUUAUAAUCCUUUUCUUUUUUACUGGAUGAUGUCUCAUUGUAUAGCCAAAAUAUAUUUUAUGACAUAACAGCAUCUUAGUCAAUGAGUUGAAGUGCAUUUAAAACUGAUACUAUAAGGAAAUAUUAAUUUAUUCCUGAUGAGAAGAUUGUCGGCCCAGUGGAAAAUUGCGACUUGUCCUAAACAUUUCAUAUAUUUUCCAGGAUUAUGCUGUAUUAUGUUUACAGUAUGUGUUUGCUUCUUAUUCUGUCCUUUAUAUCAAGAUCUUGGAAAGCCUGUGUAGUGCAUGAGAGUGUGAUGCUGGUCCCCUUUUCACAGUCGUUUAUCAGUGCUGGCCAACAUAUGCAGUAUGCUAAUGAUGAAGUUGCUUUGAAAUUAAUUUAAAUACAGACUUUAAUCUCCUCCUUCUCUUUUAGUAUUAAUCCUCCUGAGCUCUGGGACCGGAGGGUCGCAUGAUGCUUUUACGAUUUCAUGUUGAAGUCAAAUCAAAAUCGAAAAAGAAAAAGAAAAGGGAUGAGGCUCUCUUAUUUGUUGCCAAAGAAAACAGUGGUACAGUGUUUUCUGAUUGUUUGCUUAUGAAUAAAAGGGGCAACAAACAGAUAGUGACUGAUUCAUGAUUUUGUAAACUCUUCGUUUGCUACCUGCACAUGUAAUAAACAUAAGUUUCCCCUGUA